CACUUCCUUAUUAAUCGUGGACUCUCUUUCCUUCCAGAAUUUUAAGGAGAAACUUGGAUCAUCUCGUCGUCUGAUAUGGUCUAAUCCUAGCAUAAAUCAGGAGAUGGUUUUCUGGUUACCCUAUAUACCAGAUUUAUGAGUAUCUCAUGAGAAAUUCGAGUUUCUCAUUGUUUAAUUCAAUAUAUCAAAGAUAGUAUAUGAGAGUGUUUCUCCUCUAGUAUAAAUUGAGGUGCCCAGGGGAGAAGCUGUGUACAAGGAAGUCUUUCUAUAAUUCUACCUUCGGUGCCUUGCGCCUCCUACAGCCCCACCGUGGGACUUCCACACAUAGACAGAAACACAUCCCCCAUCACCGCGCCGCCGACGUCGACGGCGGUGCCACGCUGCUGCCUCCUGCAUAUUACCCAAAGGGAAAGAAAUUGUGCCCCCCUGAAAUUUGCUUGCCUUAAAUGACGGAAUAAGCGACGAAUCUUGACUACUUCUGGUUAUUUGCUUCGCGUCAGAUAAGUAAAUCUUUACUUUUGGGUUUCAACUUCACAAGAUAGAUGGACGCUGAUUCCGGUGAUUUUGGAAGUGGUAAUAAGCUACCAGAUGAUCUGACCUUGGAUGUCCUCUCUCGUCUUCCAUACAAGUCGUUCUGCCGGGCUAAAUGUACCUGCACAGGGUGGCUUUCUUUCUCCUCUAAUCCACAUUACUGCGACAAGCUUCCCAAACCCCUUACUGGUUUUCUCUACCAAAAAAGUGAUAGCUCUGCCAUUGAGGUUGCUAGCCUCUGCCCAGAUGAUAGAUCAUUUGAUACUUCUCUUAGUUUCUUGCCACGUUAUGAGUGGCUAGAACUAACGGAUUCUUGCAAUGGACUGGUUCUAUGCAAAUAUGGGCGCAAUACUUCUUCUCCAUCCGUUGCGAACUUUGUGGUGUGCAACCCAGCAACACGUCAGUGGAUGGAGUUACCUGAAACUCUUCUGGAACCAGAAGGUCACAGUUAUGCAACCAAAUUAGCUUUCGAUCCAUCAUGGUCCCCGUACUUCUAUGUCUUCAACUUUGAAGAGAAACGUAACCCAGUGGAAAGAUGGGCUUGUAUAUCUAAAGUUGCGAUAUUUUCAUCAAGAAAUUCCACGUGGUUUAUGGAUGAUAAGUGGGAACCUUCGAAUCAGAUUAGUGUCGAUUGUCAGCCACACGUCCUUCUUGGUGGAAAGCUGUUUCUUCAGACAUCAAGUUGUCGAGUCUUGGUAAUCGAUGCAUUUCACAAUACAGAGCAGCCAUCUCAUUGGAUAUUUGAUCUACCAGGGUAUAAGCCCACCUCCCCCAUGGUUGAUUGUCUCACUGGGUAUCUUGGACAUAAAUCAGGGGUGCUACACUAUGUGCAGCCCGACACCGGUGGUCGCACGCUUCUAGUCUGGGCUCGAGAUGGCUAUCCUCACGGUGACUGGAAUUUGAAGCACCGUCUCAGCAUGAGCGAUGCAUUUGGGCAGGAUAUCUUUCUUGAUGAGCAUUUUGAUGGAUUCUUGUCUUGUCAUUACGACAUUCAAUCUCUUGACUUGGAGAGAGGGCUUGUUUUCCUUUGUCAUUUCGCAGCAGAAAGACUCCUGUCCUAUAGCUUGAGCACAGGGAAGCUGACGAAAAUCCGAGAUGGUCUCAGGCGAUACCUGUACUAUGUGCCGAACUGCUCAAUGUUCCCAGCCAAAGAAACCGAGAAAGAUCAAGAUGUAUCAGAGCCAUAAUUACCAUCCCUUAUUUGAUGGAGCCCCGAACACCCUUAUGUAGUAGUUUGCAAUAAUACUACAUAAUUUUGUUGGUGAAGUUUUAUAUGUAAUCUCAUAUAUGGUAUAUGAUAGUAGAACUAUGUGUGUGAAAGUCGUCUGUUGUGGACAGAUGCUAGCCUUGUUGGUUUCAGCGUUUCAUGAUGUAAUAAAAGUACCUCCUGUUCUAAGUGCUCCA